GGGCGGACCGAGGGAGGAUGUCGGACCCGUCGGAGUGCAGCAUCAAGGUGCUGUGCCGGUUCCGCCCGCUGAACGAGGCGGAGGGCCUCCGCGGGGACAAGCUCAGCCCCAGGUUCAAGGGCGACGACACCGUCAUCGUCGGGCAAGGGAAGCCGUACGUCUUCGACAGGGUACUGCCACCCAGCACCAGCCAGGAGCAGGUCUACGAUGCCUGCGCCAAGCAGAUCGUCAAGGAUGUUCUGGAAGGUUACAAUGGAACGAUCUUUGCCUAUGGUCAGACCUCUUCAGGGAAAACCCACACUAUGGAGGGGAAGUUGCACGAUCACCAGCUCAUGGGCAUCAUCCCGAGGAUCGCACACGACAUCUUCGACCACAUCUACUCCAUGGAUGAAAACCUGGAGUUCCACAUCAAGGUGUCCUACUUUGAGAUCUACCUGGACAAAAUCCGGGACCUGCUUGACGUGUCCAAGACGAACCUGGCAGUCCACGAGGACAAGAACAGAGUCCCCUUUGUGAAGGGCUGCACGGAGAGGUUCGUGUCCAGCCCUGAGGAAGUCAUGGACGUCAUCGACGAAGGGAAAGCCAACCGGCACGUGGCCGUGACGAACAUGAAUGAACACAGUUCUAGGAGCCACAGUAUCUUCCUGAUCAACAUCAAACAAGAAAACGUGGAAACCGAGAAGAAGCUGAGUGGCAAACUGUACCUGGUCGACCUGGCGGGGAGUGAAAAGGUCAGCAAAACGGGAGCCGAGGGCGCGGUUCUGGACGAAGCCAAGAACAUCAAUAAGUCCUUGUCUGCCCUGGGCAAUGUGAUUUCGGCGUUAGCAGAAGGAACGAAAACUCACGUUCCCUACAGAGACAGUAAGAUGACCCGAAUCCUUCAGGACUCUCUGGGCGGGAACUGCAGGACGACGAUCGUUAUAUGCUGUUCGCCCUCCGUCUUCAAUGAGGCCGAAACCAAGUCCACGCUGAUGUUUGGGCAGAGAGCCAAGACGAUCAAGAACACCGUCUCUGUGAACCUGGAACUGACGGCGGAAGAGUGGAAGAAGAAAUAUGAGAAAGAGAAGGACAAGAACAAGAGUCUGAAGAAUGUUAUCCAGUAUCUGGAGAUGGAGCUGAACAGGUGGAGAAAUGGGGAGUCUGUGCCUGAGAUGGAGCAGAUCAGCGCCAAGGAUCAGAAGAACCUGGAGCCCUGCGACAAUACUCCCGUCAUCGACAACAUCGCGCCCGCCGCGGCCGGCGUUUCCGCCGAGGAGAAGCAGAAGUUCGAGGAGGAGAUCACCUGCCUGUACAGGCAGCUGGACGAUAAGGAUGAUGAAAUUAACCAGCAGAGCCAGCUGGCGGAGAAGCUCAAGCAGCAGAUGUUGGAUCAGGACGAGCUGCUGGCCUCCACGCGGCGAGACUACGAGAAGAUCCAGGAGGAGCUGAGCCGCCUGCAGAUGGAGAACGAGGCGGCCAAGGAUGAAGUCAAGGAGGUGCUGCAGGCCCUGGAGGAGCUGGCCGUCAACUACGACCAGAAGUCGCAGGAGGUGGAAGACAAGGCCCGCACCAGCGAGCAACUGGCUGAUGAGCUGGCGCAGAAGACGACCACCUUGACGGCCACGCAGAGGGAGCUGAGCCAGCUGCAGGAGCUCAGUAGCCACCAGAGGAAGCGCGCCACGGAAAUCUUGAACCUGCUGCUGAAGGACCUGGGGGAGAUCGGGGGGAUCAUCGGCACCAACGACGUGAAGACGCUGGCGGACGUGAAUGGCGUCAUCGAAGAGGAGUUCACCAUGGCCCGCCUGUACAUCAGCAAGAUGAAGUCGGAGGUGAAGUCCCUCGUGAACCGCAGCAAACAGCUGGAGAGCGCCCAGAUCGACUCCAACCGCAAGAUGAACGCCAGCGAGAGGGAGCUGGCCGCUUGCCAGCUCCUCAUCUCCCAGCACGAAGCAAAGAUCAAGUCUCUGACGGACUACAUGCAGAAUAUGGAGCAGAAGCGGCGGCAGCUCGAAGAGUCGCAGGACUCGCUCAGCGAGGAGUUGGCCAAACUGCGUGCCCAAGAGAAAAUGCACGAAGUCAGCUUCCAGGACAAGGAGAAGGAGCACCUGACCCGACUCCAGGAUGCGGAGGAGAUGAAGAACGCCCUGGAGCAGCAGAUGGAGAGUCACCGGGAAAACCACCAGAAGCAGUUGUUGCGGCUACGAGACGAGAUUGAGGACAAGCAGAAGAUAAUAGACGAGAUCCGCGAUCUGAACCAGAAGCUGCAGCUGGAGCAGGAGAAGCUGAGCUCCGAUUAUGACAAGUUGAAAAUCGAGGACCAGGAGAGGGAAAUGAAGUUGGAAAAGCUGAUACUGCUCAACGAUAAGAGGGAGCAAGCAAGAGAAGACCUGAAGGGAUUGGAGGAAACCGUGUCCAGGGAACUGCAGACCCUUCACAACCUUCGCAAACUCUUUGUCCAGGACCUCACCACCAGAGUUAAAAAAAGCGUGGAGCUGGACAGUGACGACGGAGGCGGCAGUGCUGCCCAGAAACAAAAAAUUUCCUUUCUCGAGAACAAUCUGGAGCAACUUACUAAAGUUCAUAAACAGCUGGUGCGAGAUAACGCGGAUCUUCGCUGUGAGCUCCCGAAGCUGGAGAAGAGACUGCGAGCCACGGCGGAGAGGGUCAAGGCUCUGGAGAGCGCGCUGAAGGAGGCCAAGGAGAACGCCAUGAGGGACCGCAAGCGCUACCAGCAGGAAGUCGACCGGAUCAAGGAGGCCGUGCGGGCCAAGAACAUGGCCAGGAGAGCCCACUCGGCCCAGAUCGCCAAGCCAAUCCGGCCGGGCCACUACCCGGCAUCUUCUCUGACUGCUGUCCAUGCCAUCCGAGGAGGCGGCGGAGGGCCAUCCAACUCCACUUACUACCAGAACGUGAAAUAAACACCAAACGUGACUCCUCUCAGCAUGGCCCAGACUGCAUCGUUUCACCGAUUCCUCCCCCUACCCCCGUGUGCUCUCCAUUUUCUCCAUCAGGACUUUCCUCCGGGCCCCCCGGUAUCCCCCGCGUCCCUCGGCAGCCCCCUCCCCACAGCAGCCUUCCCCGUCCAGAGAUUCUGAGCUCUCGGGAAUCAUCUCUGCCUAAACACCGGUGUGUCUGGCUCAUCGCUGCCUCAGUGGACCCGAUCCAUGCGUUCAGCCCCCGCUUCCUGAGGAAACAGGAGGUUUGGCCUCCAAAGCCCUCAGAGGUGGCCAACCUCCCCCCCCUGCCCCGCCACCGCCCCCAUGGCACCCCUUCCCCACCCCCUGGGCCAGACCUUUUCCCUCGUGCCUCGCUGACUUCCUGUAUGAUAACUCAAUUCUUUUAUAUUUUGAAGGGGAGACACUGUCCUGCUCUGUAGCUACAAAUUUUGAUUCUGAACAUUUUUUUGGGGAAAAAAAGGCGUUCCCCAAAGGAGCAUUUUUAACCUCCAGGUGGAAUCUUGGGAGCUGAAACAUUAACCCUUUGGCUUGGGGUCUGUUAAAAGAUGACACUGAUGUAUUCAUGGGAGAAAAACAAUCUGUCAGUCGCGAGCUAGGUUUCAGUCCCACGAACACACGAGUGGAAAUUCAAGGCCGUACGGUUUAUGUCUGAUCUGUGGGUGGUAAAAUCCACCGCAGACUGACAUCCUCGUCCUCCUCUUCCCCUCCUCUUCCCUCAACUGCUCUUCUUCCUCCUCCUCCCCACGACAGAACCUCUGGCCUGUUCCUCUGGGUGUGUGGAAGGGAUGACACUGUCUCAGGGAACUCCUUGGAAAAGUGAGUCUCCAGUGGUCAGAGAUGCAACAGAUGUGUGUGUCCCAAGCCUCCCGUUCGGUGUGGCUCAGGACGUACCCCCAAGGGGUUGUCUUUAGAGGCCAUGAAUGCAGACAGGCAUCCAUCUUCUGAACCCAGGACUG